AUGUCUGAGUCGACAGUGCCUGGCGCCACCUCGAGCCAUGCAACAAACGAGGAACAGUUAAGUUUGGAUGAUGAGGCAGAGACAGAUCCCAAACUCGACCAAGCUGCGCCCUUCCCCUCGCUUCAGAACAACGGAACGACCAGCCCGCCAAUGUCCGAAGCCGCCCACACAGGUGGCCGUGCAGGCGAGGAGGACUACGAUGACGAGCCAGCCGUGGCCAAGCCGUUUAUCCGCACGUCGAGCCCGGAUUCUGCGGUGCCCCGAGGCCCUACGGCGAGCGAUAUGCACGACAAGACGCCGGACCGCCUAUCGUAUAGGAUGCACAAGUUCAACAUGUACGAGACGGCGACACGGUACUACAUUGUCGGCGUCGACGUCAGCGAGAAGUGGUACCGGAUCCUCAAGAUUGAGCGCACCAGCGAGGGCGCCGAACUCAACAUGACGGACGACAAGAUUGUCUACAGCCUCAGGCAGAUGAACCAGCUGCUAGACGCCAUCGACGCCGGCAACAAGGGCACCGGCGGCAUCAAGCUGCGCUGCACGACAUGGGGCCUGUUAGGCUUCAUCCGCUUCACCAGGCCCUACUACAUGCUCCUCAUCACCAAGAAGAGCACCGUCGCCAUGGUCGGCGGUCACUACAUAUACCAGAUCGAGGGCACGGAGCUGGUGCCCCUGACGCCCGCCCGGUCCAAGCCCGAUCCGCGCAAUACCGAGGAGUACAGGUUCCUGAGUAUCCUCAACAACCUCGAUCUGACCAGGUCCUUCUACUACAGCUACUCGUACGAUGUCACGCGCACAUUGCAGAAAAACAUUAUCCGCGAGCGCAACUGUCUCGCCAAGGGAACCCUGGCUCCCCCAGAGGAUGACCUCAAUUCAAUGUUUGUCUGGAAUCACUAUUUGCUUCAGCCUGCGGUGGAGGCACUGAGGGAUCCGUUUGAUUGGUGCCGCCCAAUAAUUCAUGGAUACAUCGAUCAAGCGGCCCUCUCGAUAUAUGGACGCACUGCCCACAUCACCGUCAUAGCCAGACGGUCCAGAUACUUUGCUGGAGCUCGAUUCCUUAAACGAGGUGCCAAUGAUUUAGGCUACGUUGCCAACGAUGUUGAGACGGAGCAGAUUGUUGCCGAGUCGCUCACGACAUCGUUUCAUUCUCCAGGCCCACGCCUCUACUGCAGCCCACAAUAUACUUCGUAUGUCCAGCACCGCGGAAGUAUUCCCCUGUACUGGACUCAAGACAGCACCGGUGUGACACCAAAGCCUCCCAUCGAGCUCAAUCUGGUCGACCCGUUCUACUCUGCCGCUGCCUUGCAUUUUGACGACUUGUUUGAGCGUUAUGGGGCUCCGGUCUACGUUGUGAAUCUUAUUAAGUCUAAAGAGCGCCAACCGCGAGAGUCUAAACUCCUCAAGGAAUAUACCGAUUCUGUCAACUAUCUCAACCAGUUCUUGCCAGAAGAUAAGAAGAUCCGAUACCGGGCCUGGGAUAUGAGUAGGGCCUCCAAGGUUCCCGGGGGCGAUGUCAUUGGGAACCUUGAGCUGAUUGCUGACUCCGUUCUGGAUACCACGGGGUUUUUCCAGAAUGGCGACGGCCGGACCAGCCCUAUGUCGGCACAGAAUGGAGUGGCUCGGACAAACUGCAUCGACUGCUUGGACCGCACCAAUGCAGCGCAGUUUGUCAUCGGGAAGAAGGCGUUGGCGCAUCAACUCCAUGCUCUUGGGAUCCUGGAGAGCCCGACGCUGGAAUACGACACAGAUGCAGUCAACCUCUUCACUCACAUGUGGCAUGACCAUGGCGACACCAUUGCCGUACAGUACGGUGGAUCCCAGCUGGUCAACACCAUGGAGACGUACCGAAAGAUUAAUCAAUGGACAAGCCAUUCAAGAGACAUGAUUGAAAGCUUCAAGAGAUACUACAACAAUUCCUUCCUCGAUAGCCAGCGCCAGGAGGCAUACAACCUGUUCCUCGGAAACUACAUCUUUGCGCAAGGGCAGCCUAUGCUCUGGGAUCUAACUACCGACUACUACCUUCACCACGCCGACCCGCGAGACUGGGCUGUCCGCAGAAGGAAGGACUAUAUCAACUGGUUCACCCCGGCCAAUCUUGAGGAGCGCAAAAUCCCACCAUUUACCCCCUUGCAGCAGAGGAACCGGACACGCCCUGUAGAUUUCUUCGACGACUACUGGCUGGAGUACUACCGCCCCUCGACCCUAUCGUCGUUUCCCAAAAUGUUUGCGUAUAAGAUGAAUUCGACCAUCAAGUAUAUACCCUUCAACAAGUUGACGCAGGAAGGCCGCUACGACCUGAGCCCCUUUCGCGUGCGAACCGACAAUGACACUGGGCCUGAGAGGAGGCGCCCAAGGAAGGCAAUUCAGGCAGCCUCGCCUGGAGUCUACCGCACACAUCAGCACCGGACAAGUCUCGAAACCGACACGGUAUCCUUGGCGUCUGCAGCCACCUCGGCCAGCGCCAUCGGGCUACACCGCUGGCUCCACAACCCUUCUGCUCAGGACAAGGGAACCGUCCAGCAGAUGAUGCGAGAUGCACUGCCAGUCGGCUUAGGUCAAGAAAAGGUCAAGGCGACGCCCCUGGAAAAGACAAAGGCUGCGCAGAGGACCCUCACAGAGACAGUUAACAACUCUCUUGAUCCAUUUGUCGGGGACCAGGAAGCGUCAGACUACGCACGAUACAUACGACACCCCCAAGAGAUACCGCUUGUUGUCUCCAGCGACACGCCCGUCGAUAUUGACUCAUCAGAGUACCAAGACUAUGUACACGGCGAUUGGCAGGCAGAAGGUCUCAUGGUGACGGGUGAAGAGGAAGAGUUUGACGUCUAUGCUGAGCUAGUCAAGGUUGGAGAGAACCCGCUGACCGUGGCUGAAGAGGACGCUCCAAAGAAAAGAUACAAGGCAUACAGGAAGUGGCUCCGAGGAAAAUCCUUCUUCAAGCAGCAACCGCUGGAUUGA